AUGCAGCGUUUCAAGCGGUAUGAUAUAAAAUAUCUGGUGAAAAAUCGAAUCCCGUGUAGGAAGGGAACUGUCAGAAAUAAGAAGACUUCCGCCGCUCCAAAUCCAUCACACCUUGGCAUUUUCUGGGAAAUGUACGCUGAGGACAACACGCCGCUUCUCAAUUUUAUCAUUAAGCUGAUUCGUCUGGCGGUUCGGUUGUUACAAAGUCAGCUGUUUUUAUUGCUAAUGAGUGGUGAUACUGGGUUUUCGGUAGAUGGAAGCGUUAUGGAAGGGGGUGGACAGAUUCUACGAACUGCGGUCGCUUGUGCUGCAAUCAUUUGUCGACCUGUGCACGUGAACAACAUCCGUGCAGGUCGUCCAAAGCCUGGACUAAGCAACCAACACUUAACUGGUAUAAUACUUUGUGCAGAAAUCAGUGGUGGCGAGUUGUCCCAUUGUCGUUUGGGUUCGACAGAGCUACAGUUCAAACCUCGCUCGGUCAGAUGUGGGACGUAUGAAGCAGAUGCCAAAACAGCGGGGUCGAUAUCCCUACUACUUCAGGUUGCCCUCCCAGUUUUGGCCUAUGCUGGGUCUGGGUCUUCCAGUAUCCUGCUGCUGAAAGGAGGCACGGACGCGCAAUUCGCUCCGCCAAUAGACUACAUGUCCGAAAUCACGCUCUAUUUUCUGGAGAAAAUGGGACUAGAUUGCGAACUGGAGGUUAUUCGUCGUGGAUUCUACCCUCAGGGUGGUGGAGUCGUCAAGGCACAAGUACAUCGCCUCAGUUCACCCCUCCUCCCAAUCACAAUGUUAGACCCAGGGCCUGUGGAUCACGUGUCAGGCUACGCGUUCGUUGCCGGCCGUGUUCCUGUUAAGGUCGCCCACGAAAUGGAGCGCGAAUGUGUACGUUGUUGUUCACAGUCGUUUCCCUCUUGUCCUGUGAAGAUCCGUGUCUUCCGGGAAGACGAUAACCACUGUACCGGAAACGUGUCCACCUUUUUGUUUAUUGUUCAUACGAAAAAUGGCAGUCGACUGGCUGUGUCUGGUUUGGGCAAUCCACGUGGUCCGCAUCAUACAAAGCUUGUCCAAGAUGCGAUAGCCAGGCUGACAACGCUUGUUCACUUGCGUGCGUGUUGUGAUGACAAUAUGCAAGACCAGGUGAGUGGUUGA